GGACUGACAGGUGUCCAGACCACGCAGGAGGUGGGGACGUGGGUUCGGGGUCUGGAUGAGGACGUAUGCUGCCGAACAGACGCAGCUCCACUUCCGCUACUGUGAAGUAAAAGGGCCCGAACGGCCGUGAGCUGUGAGUGAGGACGACAGGCCGGACCUGGUCUAAGAGUCCUCAGACCACAGCUGAGAUCAAAGGUUAACUGGGGACCAGAACCCUGGAGAGGAACUAUAGUGUGAAUGUGAUGAAGAAAUUGUUAUAAACGGGAGAAGUAUAGACGUAUGGGUGUGGCCUGUGAUUUGAAAAUAAAUUGAGUGCACUGGAGGAAGUGGAGAGCUGCACACACACACGCACACACACACACACACUGAGGAUUCAGUGCAGUUUGCUGUGUCAACUAUCUGCAUUGUGGAGAAAUAAGCGUGAUCUUUUACAGGGUGUCAGAGAUGCCCUAAAGCUCCAAAUCUAAUGCGCCACAACAAACUGAGGACGCAAAACCUGCACCAAACAUGUUCUGAAACACUCGCAGGACCUCAGUCGGAUUCCUGAAAUGUGCUCAACUCCUAUAAAGUGGAAGUGAAGUGACUUGACGGGGUCCGGCAGCCGUACAGUCGACCGGCGGGUCAGAAGCUCAGCGGCUCGGGUUGGUCUGGAUGUGAAGGUGGAACAGGACAGAAGAAGACAUGCGGCGAGUGCGGAGAAAAGGAGGCAGCAAAGAGAAGGUGUUUGGAUGCGACCUGAUAGAGCACCUCACGGCCUCCAGUCAGGAAAUUCCUCUGGUCUUGCGAUGCUGCAGUGAAUUUGUUGAACACAAUGGGAUUGUGGACGGAAUCUACAGGUUGUCUGGAGUUUCAUCCAACAUCCAGAAACUAAGGAAUGAGUUUGAGAACGACGGGACUCCAGACCUAAACAAGGACGUGUACUUGCAGGACAUCCACUGUAUCAGCUCACUGUGUAAAGCCUAUUUCAGAGAGCUGCCCAACCCCCUGCUCACAUAUCAGCUCUAUGACAAGUUUGCCGAGGCUGUGGCCAUCCAGCUGGAAGAAGAGCGACUGGUAAAGAUCAGAGAUGUUCUGAAAGAACUUCCUGCCCCACAUUACAGGACUCUGGAGUUUCUAAUGCGCCAUCUCAUCAGAAUGGCUUCGUAUUCUUCAGAGACCAACAUGCAUGCCAGGAACCUGGCCAUCGUCUGGGCCCCCAAUCUGCUUAGGUCAAAGGACAUUGAGGCAUCUGGGUUCAAUGGUACAGCAGCCUUCAUGGAGGUCAGAGUCCAGUCUAUCGUGGUAGAGUUCAUCCUUACACAUGUCCCUCAGCUGUUUCCCAAACAAGGUGUAUCAUCUGAAAGACGGCAGUCGUUACCCUCCCCGUCAGCCAUAUCCAAUCAAGAAGAAGGGUUCUUCAAGCCUAUUCCCUCUCAUCCAAUUGCUAACUUUGGUAACAUCAGUCCAGGAGAUGGUCCUCUACCAAUACGACCCUACCACGCAAUCAUAGAAGGCACAGACAAGAGGAAGGGAUCCCUCAAAGGUAGGAAAUGGAUGUCUAUCUUCAACAUUGGAGGCAGAUUCCAUGACCCACGUCGGAGAAACAAACACUCGGCCAAAGAUAAAGACAGACCUCCUUUGAGACCAGCGAGGAGCAUGGACUCCCUCAGUACCCAGUCUUUCCCAAAAGAAGGUUCCAGACAGCCGAUCCAGCGCCCUCCUUCCACCCACAUGUCUCCCCUCGUCAUCCCAUCCACGCAGUCUGGCACUGAGGUCGGAAUAUCUGCUGGAUCAUUAGGAGGCAGUGGAUAUGCUGUGACCUACCGCCGGGGAACUGGAAUUGUAAGUGGCGGUGUGGGAACACAGGGCACCUACCAGAGCCUAGACCCCGAGGGCUUAGCUGGCAGUGAGGUUCAGCCACUUCAGACUCGAUCUCCGGGACUCUCCACUAAAGUCAGCCGAAGAGCUGCCAUGCACAUCACUGGUCCUACCAUGGUCACGGUCCCCCUGCAUAUCACCUCUAACCUGGCACUGGGGGUGCUGCAAGGCGGUGGGAGCGACAGGGUUAUCCCCUGUGGUCAGGAUAAGGAUGGAAGCAACAAGGAGGAAGGAGAGAAGCUGGCAGUGAAGGAAAAGAAGAUGAGCAGGGGCACAUGUGGGAGAGAGAAAGAUAAAAGUCGCAGCAGGAAUGUGAAACACGAUGAAGAAGGUGGUGAGGUGAAGUACAGUGAAGCGGCGGUCGACGGCGGCAGUGAUGGAAAAGAUGAAAGAAUGAAGGUUGAGAAGAAGAAUGAUGAGGAGGUGAGAGCAAGAGAGCAAACAGAAGGUGUAGACCAACGUGCCAAGAGUGGGACCUCUGACCAAAAUGACGACAGAGAUGAUGAACAUCUUGACAGCGUUGAUGAGUACAUGGGUAACGGCCACAUGAAAAGGUUGGAGCCAGUUCCAGCAGGUGUUCUUCGUUUGGAGGAAACCGUUUUUGGAAACGAUGGUGAGCGUGAAACAUCUGAUGUCUACAACAACGCUGGAGUGGAAGAAGAUGACCAGGAACUCUGUGGCUAUGUUCAGGAUAACUUUGACUUCCUGGAUCACAUGGACUGCAGCGUCUCCUACCACAUGAACGAGUUCUCUGUGGAACCUCCUGGUCACUCGGAUGAUGAGUAUGAAGUCAUGGAGCAAAGUCCCCAGAGUACCGCUGAACUGGAUCCUCCUCUGAGUCCACAGACCCGACCGGAUCCUGAAACAGACCCCCACAUUCAGACCCACUUAAGUCCCCACAGACGGCUCAGCGCCGAUGCCCACCACCGACACUCCAAGUCCCUCAGUUUGCCUUACAGGACCCCGCCCAGCCUCAUGCCACAGGAGUCCACCUCUGAAGACGAGGUCAUAGACGACAACUCUGAUGACGAGUACAGCAGUGAUGAAGAGGAGAGCAUGUUCAUUAAAAGUCUUCCCUUGGACUACUUCCUGACCUGGGCCAGACCAGAGGCUGAGGAAGAAGACAGAUGCACAUCUCCUCGAGUUGUUGCCGACCAAUUGCAGAGCUCAGAGGAGAGAGAACACCUAUUACUGCACUCAGAGCCUUCUGCCUGCAAAGAAGCACCGACGGGACUUCAGGAAAAGGGAAAAGAAGAACAUGAAGAAAGACUGGAGGUGACGGAGAGACUGAGCACAAAAAAGGAAGAUGAAGGAGAGCAACCGGAAAACAAGAAGCAAAGCACAUCGACAGAGGACAAUCUCCACGUAGCUCACAUUGUCAUGGUGGAAGAUGCUGAAAAUGCUGAAGAAGAGCCACCAUCCUGCUGCACUGCUGCGUUUCCACUGCAAAACAAUGAGGACAUUGAUCAUUCAAGAAUGUUGGCUGACAUGAAGGUCGAGGAUGAGAGGGACACGUUUGAUGAUCCCAACUGUGGUGGUAAAAAUUUAGCAGGUGAUCCAAAGGGUGAAGUGAAUUUCCCUGUCCUGGUCGCGGCAGCAGAUUUUCACACACAAAAGGAGGUUGCUGAUGUUGAAGCAGAAGAUACCAAAAACCUUUGUAUCAAGUCAGAAGAAGAUUCCACAAUGAGACAGAGGAUAGAGGAUGUCGAGUGGGAGGACAUGUGCCAAAACGGAGAAUGUUCCAGACCUGAGAUGGAUGUGGAUGCAGACAUAAUUCUGAGCAUUGAGCAGAACAUGUGGGAAGAACCUGGUGAGGGACGUGGAGAAGAUUUAACUGACAAAAACCAUGAAGAAAAGGAGGAGGAAGCAGUCAUUGAGCAGGAGAACGCACUCUAUGGCACCAGCUCUGAGAUCUGGGAUGAACUGGAGGAUGUCAUCUGUGAAAUUAUAGAAGAUGAAGAAAGCAAUCAGGCUGAGAGGGAGCGUGUUGCUCUGGAAGAAGGUAGGAUCAAAGAUGUCCUCCAAGCUGGAGAAGAAGAAGAAUGGGUAGAAAGCAUGGAGUGUUUACUGAGUCAGGAUGCAAAGGUUAGAGGGGAGGAGACAGAGGAAGAAGCGACCAUCACGACUGGAGAUAAACCAGAGAUAAUGGAGGAAGUGAUGGAGAUGGACAAAAACAUCUCAAAGAUGCAGCUGGAGCUUGAAGACAAAGAGGAAAACAUACCAAAGAGAAGUGAAACAGAUCAAGAGAAGCUUGUAAUCGAUGAGAAUGAACAACAUCCCAAAGGUGAAGUGCUAGAAAAAGAUAAAAACAUCAGCGAGAGCACUGACGAGCAAACUGGAACACGGCAAGAUGUUGACGAAAACAGGAAACACCAGCAAGAAAAGGAUCCAAAUCAAGAUCCAAAGGAAGUGAAGGGGAGCAGAAAGUGUGAUGAGACAGAUGGCGGCCAGGGUGUCGGUCGCAAGCUGGUCAUCUCCAGACAAUCUCCCGUAAAAGUAUACCAAGUGAAAGCGGUGCCGGUCGUUCCUCCAAAGCCGCAGCACUGCAAAAUAACAGCGCUGAGUAUCCGGCAGCAGCAGCAAAGAGACCGGCAGGAAAACCCACCUAAGAUCCUGGCGUUCCAGGAGCGGGUCUGUACGGGAGAACCGGGGGAAGACGAGGUCAGCUCCAAAAGGGAGAGACAGGUCCUCAGGGGAGGGGACAAGAAGAGGGACGGGGACGACGGUGCUGCCAGGGACGCAACCAGAAACAGCCCCUUCAGCAUGUGCUUUGAUGAGGCUGUUGCUAUAGCAACCUUGAGGCGAGAGAGGGAGAAAGAGAGCGAGAAGGAGAGAGAGAGGCAGAGAGAGUGGGGAUAUGAGGUAUAGCUGGAGUGAGAUUUCUGAUUUAAACAGAAGCCUGUAAACUCACUGCACUGUGCACCAACAGCAGUGCAGGGCAAUCGCUUGUGCGUGUGCAUGUGCGUGUGUGCGCAUGUGCACAAAAUAACUCAGGAAUGGGUCAGAAGAUUUUCAACAAACUUUGUAGGAGUAUUCCUUGUGUGUGUACCUGCAGAUGAUUAUCUGCUGGAGUAGAUCGGUUAAGGUCAUCAAACAUUUAUAAAAACACAUUUUCCAGGAUAUUUCCACGUUAGAGAGGUGAUGCGUAGUUUAUAUCGAUGGUUCAGUCAUUUGUUAUUGCAGACUGUAAGUAACGUCAUGAUGACAUCACUAAAACGUGAUGAAAUUAUGUCAAUAUUGUGCAAAAAAAAAAAAACCUUCAUUAUGUACGCGCCCAGUGUACGUGUCGCCUUUUAUUUUCUAUGUGUAGCAUAAAUGUAUUUUUAGGCAGAGUAAUAGUUUUUAAUAAAUUGUAAGAAAAAACAAGCCAAAAAAACACCCCCCAACUAAAAACAGUAUUUGCUGUCUAAUGUUACGUACAGUAGUUAGCUUAGCGCUGGCGUUUGUUUGUAUCAGUACUGUUUGCAGCUGUUUAAUGACUACACUGUUUAUUGUUAUAUUUGCCCAUCUGACAGGGCAAAAUCAUGACUAUAAACCACGUGUGUGAAGCGUCAUCGGCAGCAGGAGUCAGUGACCCUGAGCUCCUCACUCCUGAUUGGCUGAGCGCACCUGACUUUGUUCAUAAGCAGUGGGCGGAGCAGGGAGAGUCAGGUGAUCUCCAGGAGCAGGUUGCUGGCCGUGUGUGUUAAUAAAAACGUGCACCGCGUGCCGUGACAAACCACCUGAGACUUUAAAUCCAAAUCUUCUGCGUCUGACUUUCUGUGCAGACGUUUUAAAAUUAUGUGCUCACUGGGAGGACGGUCUGCUGGAUGAUCACAUGAAAAAUGAAGUGCAUCUAUUACAUUUAUUUAAACUGGCUCCUGAAAGAGACUGAAGGAUUGACGAGUAUUUCAAACAGGUGAAGUAAUUUGAAAGGACAAAAUGUGAACUUUGUCAUUGUAUGAUUGAAUUGGAGGCACCAGAGGUUCACCUGAAUGUUACAGGGACGAGAAAUGUAACCAGUGUGUUGGUUUUUUGUGAAUAAAAGUGGAAUUUCCAAGUUA